AGUUGGCCGUGUGAGAUGGCGGCUUGGAGAGGUUGUGUAGCCGCUUGGCAGAAUCUGGCAAAAAGUGAACCAAUCGCUUGGAGAAUAUGGAUGAGGCAGAAAUUUACGAAGUCUCGAAUUCCAGAAUCAGUGUUUCAACCACGACUUGGUGAUCAUGAAAAAUAUGGUGGUAAUCCACAAGAGCCUCAUAAACUACAUCUUGUCACCAGGAUCAAAAGUGGAAGAAGGCGUCCUUAUUGGGAAAAAGAAUUGAUUGAAGAGCUUGGAUUAGGAAAAAGAUUUGAUCCAGUGGUGCUUAAAAACAUCCCUUCCGUGAAUGCAAAACUGAAAAUCAUUAAACACCUAAUAAGAAUAAAGCCAUUAAAACUGCCUUACGGACUUCCAGCUGAAGAUGAAAUACCUGAUACCUAUCUUAACAAGAUCACAGGUGAACUGAUAGUUUGUCGCCACCUAAAAGUAGUGGAAAAGAACGCAAUUGAUUCUUCAUAAUAAUGCAUUGAUACUUCAUAUAAUAAAUGUAACAUUAAAUUGA